AGUCGGUCGACCAUCACAACAUCUCCAUCUUCUCUCUACUCUCUUUCACCAUGAGCAAAGCUCCUCAUACUCAGCUCAAGGGACUCGCCAUCUCCACUCUCUCAAACCAACUGCCUGCCCGCCUCAGCGUCCCUCCACUCCCCACACCGAUCCAUCGCCGCCUCGUUCUCGCCAUCGCCGAAGAUGGGCUCCUCCUCAAGCCCAUAAGCUCCGCGCCUGUGACAGAUGACCCAGCUGUCUUGAUUAGAUGGGGACUCAAGGGCAAGGUCGAACCGUGUGACUCUGCACCAUCCAGCGAUGGCCACGGCGUCGACAUCGGCGGCGUGCUCGGCAUCGUCCGUUUAUGGGACGCCGCAUACCUCUGCGUCUUCCUUCCCCCGACUAAGCAGCCAACGCGACUCUUCCCCGCCGACGACCCAUUUCAGCAGGAGCAGAGGGUCGUCCAUGAGAUCUUCACGCUCACUGAUGUCCACUUCGUCCCCCUCGUCCCCGACCUCGCCAAGUCCCAGAUCGCACAUCUGGCGAGGAUCAUGGCUAAACGGGCACCAAAAGGGCCCAAGCUCAAGACGCGAUGGCGCCUUCCGUGGUCGCCUGCGCUCGGCACCGCCCCGUCGACGGAUGAGUCAUCGUCCGAAUCCGACUCCGAGGUCGAGGGAGACCUGUCCCGUAGAUCGUCUGAGGCUCCCGAGGCCGACGAGACACCGAUUCCACUCCCGCCUCGUCCUGAGGAAGACACUCCCGAGGCCCGUGUCAAGCGGCGCCUGUCACUGGGCUGGGGCCGCUUCAAGCCUCGAUUGGGGAAGCCUAAGGCCAAGCCUCCAGCUAGUGCGGCAGCCGCAGCGGCCGCAGCUGAACAGGACGAAGAGGAGAGAGGUGAGGAGCAGGAGAUGACGGCGCUUCCCGAGGUGAAGGUCGAGCCGCCACUGGACGCGGUUCUGGAAGGGAACGAGAGCCGCUCAUCCACACCAGUGGAGGUUCCCCCUUCGCCUUCUCUUUCAGCCACUGGAAGUGUGGGGAGCGACAGGCCAUCGCUGUCGGGAACGCCGGCAUCCGCCCCACCGAUUGACGCCCCGCAGCGUCGCGACCUCGAAUCCAAAAUUCUGCGGCAAAUGAAACAAGAGCUGGGCUCAGGCGAGUUCUAUUACUCCUUCGAGUUUGACUCCUCGCACUCGCUACAAUACAAGAGGCAUCGCCUUUCGUCCAGAACGGCUUCAACGUCUUUGCUGGAGCAGCUGCUCGGUGAAGGCGGUACUCCGGAUAAGCCUUUCUUCCCGCGGUCCGGAAAUACGCCCCCUACGUCGCCAGGCGCGCGCUCCGCCAGGUCAACAGCAUCAGCGGCAGAGAUGGGUGAAAUCGUUGAGCCAGACGUGCAUCUCCCCCUGUGGAGGCGGUAUGAUCGGCGAUUCUUCUGGAAUGAACAUCUCCUGCGCGACUUUAUCGACCUUGGGUUGCACGCAUACAUCCUCCCCAUCUCCCAGGGUUGGGUGCAGGCCGCAACAUUCACCAUUCCACUUCCUCCAACACCGGCGGACGAGGAGGCUCCGCAGCCGAUUCCUGUCAGCAUCGCCCUCAUCUCGCGCCGGAGCAAGGAGCGUGCUGGAUUGCGCUACCAAAGACGCGGAAUUGACCACGAGGGUCAUGUCGCCAACUUCGUCGAGACAGAAAUGCUCGUGCGCGCCCUCGUUGGCGGCAAGGUGUCGCUUUUCAGCUUUGUCCAGAUCCGCGGCUCGAUCCCGCUCAAGUGGAGCCAGGCGCCGUGGUCCAUGAAGCCUCCACCAGUGCUCGACCUACCCGUUGACCAGACGUUCUCUGUGGCCAACCUCCACUUCGACGAGUUACGUCAACGCUACGGUCCAGUCACUAUCGUCAAUCUCUCUGAGCAGCAUGGGCGCGAGGCCGCCGUUACAAACGGGUUUACGGAAUUGGUCGCCGACCUCGCCCGCCCUGAUCUUACCUACGUUCCCUUUGACUUCCACGAGCACUGCAAGGGCAUGAACUGGGCCAACAUCUCAGACCUCAUCACCCAGCUUGACUUUGACACCAUGGGCUACUUCUGGUCAUUGGAGGGCGAGGCUGUGCGUGAGCAGCAGGGCGUGUACCGGACCAACUGUAUCGAUUGCCUGGAUCGCACGAAUGUAGUGCAGUCCGCAGUGGCGCGCCACGUCCUCACUCAGAUGCUCCUGCAGCUCGGCGUAGUCGUCGAUCCGGCAACCAGCAACAUCGAGCCCGUGUUCAACGAUAUUUGGGCCAACAAUGGCGAUAUGAUUAGCAUGUGCUAUGCGCACACCACGGCGCUCAAGGGUGACUUUGUGCGGACCGGCAAGCGCGACAUUUCCGGCAUGCUCAAUGACGGCGUCAGUUCCCUCAGCCGCAUGUUCUACGGCGCUGUCACCGACUUCUUUGCCCAAACCGUCAUCUCCUUCAUGCUCGGUCACCGCAACUUGGGCGUGUUUAACGAGUUCCUCCAGAAUCUGCAGACGACCGAGCGGUCUGCCCUCAUUAAGCAGUCGCGCAUCCGUGCCGCAGCCAUCGAAACGAGCUCUGCACGUGUACUGAGCGAAGGCGAACACCGCGUUGCGGGGUGGACCCUCCUUUCGCCCGACCAGCGGAACACCAAGGUCUCGCUCAAACUUGAGGAGAAGGUCUUGCUUCUGACCAAACAAGCCCUUUAUGUCGUCUCCUUCAACUACACACUCGAGAAGGUGAACGAGUUUACACGCAUACCGCUAAAGUCCAUCACCUCAAUCCAGAAGGGUCAGCACUCGCGGCUGCCCGAGCUGACAUCAGGCGCAUACAUCUUGUCAGCCCUGCAGGAGGCCGGGCGAGACACGACCGAGAACGCAGGCUUCGUGAUUCAUUUCUCACCUGCGGACGAGGGCACACGGUACAGCAUCUACUCCAUCCGGGCAAAGGAGGUGGCGACACCGGCUCCUAAAGGGCUACUGAGCACGCCAUCCAAGCUCAAGCGGCUGUCGAAGGAACCUACGCCGACGAGCACGCCCAAGACGCCACCUGCGGUGGUGGAGCACUCGGCCGUGGACCCGGACGCAGACGAGUUCUUCGCAUUCAAAGCUCUUCCGCGCGAAUUCGCCGCCCGGAACGGUCCUGCGUCCGAUGACGAAGACGACGACGACAUCGGGCUGGAGUCGACCGAGACGUGCGCCGCGACGGUCGAGCGCAUCGUCCGGCGUAUCCGGGACCAGUGCGCGCGAGUCCAGGACGUGGGGGACGACUUUGUGGAGAACAAAGAUGUCGUCAGUGUGGCGGACGCCGAGAAGCUCGUGUCGGUGCUCGCGCGUGUCGACUACGCGUGGAAACGCUUCCUCUGGCUCUAACAAUAUGUGUAUCUAUACCGCCGUAUCGUAACCAGCACUUACUACCCUGCCCAGUAUAACCCAGCACUCUAUGCAUCUUGCCUUAAUUGCGG